CCUCAAACGACAGCGCGCCCCAUUGUAGACAUCACGAGUUGAGGUGUCGCCGUCUUGCUCCGCUGGCCGCAAAAGAGCCGACGAGCGCUUUUGUUCUUGGCCGGAGACUCUUAAUGGCGACCUUGUGCGGGGCCUCCACCUUGUGCUUUUCACUUUCAGUGACAACCAGCUUUGGCUUCCCCGUGCCUUUCAAGGCAUCACUCUCUAUCAGUGCUGAACGUUACGACUCUUCUCGAAGCCAUACAAAAUCGUUCCUUCCACCACAUAGCCAUGGGCCAACUACUCCCUCCACCGUCGGCAGCAAGGCCCAUCCGCACCUUCUCGAACACCUCCAACUCAACAACCACAACAACCGACGCCUCAACAUCUCCCACCAGCCCCACCUCCUCCGCAAGCUCCUGGCGCUCAGCCGACCUCGCUCCAGGCCCCGUGCCCCAAUUCGCCACUUACUUAAACUCCCAAGGUGUAAUCCCCAUGCCAACCACCCUCAACUCCCGAAGGACGCCGACGAGGCUGACGAUGGGCGACGAACUCGCGAUAGAAGUCUCGGGCUCGGUCGUGCGUGGACGGCGCGUAGUUGAGGGCGUGUAUGAUGCAGUUCGUGAGGGUGAAGAGCAGGAACAGGGUGAUGAGAGUGGGUUGUCGCUUGGCGCUGUUGUGCUUGCGACGGAUGGGAUAGAUAUGGCGGCGUUGGAUGGGUUGUUGGAAAGGGCGGCGGCUGCUGCGGCGGCGGCGUGGGCCGAGGUGGGAGAUGAGGAUGAGAUGGAGGUGAACGAUAAUGAUAAUGGCGAGGUAUAUGUACAUAGGCCUGCCAUGACUACCGCGUCGCAUACGUCGUCGUCUGGGGAGGAGAUGUACGCGGAGCUGGCGUUUGCGGACAGCGUUGGGGGCACACAUGCCGCACAUGGCGGAAUGAGCGGAGAUCCAAACGGAGAGGCCGUGAGCAAUUUGCUGCGGUACGCGCAUUCUAUGGCUGUCGUGGCGGGCAUGCAUCGCCAACGACCCGCCCCGCACAGGACCGCGGUACCCAACACGCACCACCACCGUCGCUCCACAGCCCGCUCACGCACUUCUAGUCGCCCGGUAAUCAUCACCGUCCCAUCGCCAAUAGACCGCUCCAACAUCUCCAUCAACUCAUCGGUCUCCCCAUCCUCCUCCUGCUCCUCCGCCGUAACCAUUCUCCCAACACCAUGCCCAACAUCCCCCAUCCACGCCGUGCCAUCCCCAACCACCACCUAUUACACCCCCUUCCUCCGCACCCUCAUCACCCCCCUCCCAACCUUCCUCUCCCACCUAACCCACUCACAUGCCGAAUCGGCCGCCUUCGCGACGUGUUUCGAGGAAAAGCUUGGGAUGGUGUGUGAGGCGGCGUUGGAUGCUGAUGGGGUUUUUGUGGGGAAUUGGGAGAUGAGGGAGGAUCUGGAGGCGUUGAGGGAGGCGGUGGGUGUGCUGAGAGGGGUGCAGGCUGUGGGGAGGUGAGUGGGGGAAGGUGGAGGGAUGUAGAGGUUCUGGACAUGUUAAUGGCGUAGAUAUACUGUAGAUGCAGACAGCGAAUGAAUUUAAUGUUGAGACGGCGUAUGCAUUGAGUUUAUAUCCUAAGUCUAUCUUUCGGGUGGCAUUCAUGCAUCAAAUAAGCGGCAUGCUCGCAACAAUUCAGUAUACAUGACACCCGCAGAAAGCGUACGAAGAUGCGUUGCAGAACAGCGAGGUUUUUAGGGAAUUCGUCGACCGGGCGUUGGAGGCUGUGGG